GUGAACAUGAUUAAUCUUUAAAAACAUGUGAAAAGGAAAGAUCAGAUCUAAUAAAGAGAAUUAAGGUAACAAAGAGAUCAUAGAUUUUAUCAAAUUUUUAGUUCUCCUCACAAGCAUAGAUGAUAAAUUUAUUUAAAAUGGAUCGAAUGGAUUAAAUUUAUUAGUAGGCAUGAAGUUAGAUAUCAGGAACCAAUGCUUUGAAAAUAUAAGAAUCAAAAAUACGUCUUUAAUUGGAGGGAAUUUUGUAAGAUGUAACUUAAGUGGAUCAGAGUUUGAGAAUGUUGAUAUAAGUAAUUGUUCAAUUGCAAAUGGAAGAAAAUUAAAAUCCAUGAAUUUAAUAAUUUAGACGGUCAUAGUGAUUAUGUUAGAUCAGUAAGUUUCUCUCCUGAUGUAAAUACAUUAACUUCUGGUAGUAAAGAUAACUCUAUCCGUAUAUGGGAUGUCAAAACAGGAUAAUAAAAAGCCAAAUUAGAUGGUUAUAGUAAUUGUAUUAACUCAGUCUGUUUCUCUCCUGAUGGAAAUACAUUAGCUUCUGGUAGUUAUGAUUACUCUAUCCGUCUAUGGGAUGUCAAAACAGGAUAAUAAAAAGCCAAAUUAGAUGGUCAUACUAGUACUGUCUACUCAGUCUGUUUCUCUCCUGAUGGAAAUACAUUAGCUUCUGGUAGUAAUGAUAAGUCUAUCCGUCUAUGGGAUGUCAAAACAGGAUAAUAAAAAGCCAAAUUAGAUGGUCAUACUAGUACUGUCUACUCAGUCUGUUUCUCUCCUGAUGGAAAUACAUUAGCUUCUGGUAGUAAUGAUAAGUCUAUCCGUCUAUGGGAUGUCAAAACAGGAUAAUAAAAAGCCAAAUUAGAUGGUCAUACUAGUACUGUCUACUCAGUCUGUUUCUCUCCUGAUGGAAAUACAUUAGCUUCUGGUAGUAAUGAUAAGUCUAUCCGUCUAUGGGAUGUCAAAACAGGAUAAUAAAAAGCCAAAUUAGAUGGUCAUACUAGUACUGUCUACUCAGUCUGUUUCUCUCCUGAUGGAAAUACAUUAGCUUCUGGUAGUAAUGAUAAGUCUAUCCGUCUAUGGGAUGUCAAAACAGGAUAAUAAAAAGCCAAAUUAGAUGGUCAUACUAGUACUGUCUACUCAGUCUGUUUCUCUCCUGAUGGAAAUACAUUAGCUUCUGGUAGUAAUGAUAAGUCUAUCCGUCUAUGGGAUGUCAAAACAGGAUAAUAAAAAGCCAAAUUAGAUGGUCAUACUAGUACUGUCUACUCAGUCUGUUUCUCUCCUGAUGGAAAUACAUUAGCUUCUGGUAGUAAUGAUAACUCUAUCCGUCUAUGGGAUGUCAAAACAGGAUAAUAAAAAGCCAAAUUAGAUGGUCAUACUAGGGAAAUUAUGUCAGUCUGUUUCUCUCCUGAUGGAAAUACAUUAGCUUCUGGUAGUUAUGAUUGUUCUAUCCGUCUAUGGGAUGUCAAAACAGGAUAAUAAAAAGCCAAAUUAGAUGGUCAUGAGCAUUAUGUCUACUCAGUCUGUUUCUCUCCUGAUGGAAAUACAUUAGCUUCUGGUAGUAGGGAUAACUCUAUCCGUCUAUGGGAUGUAAAAACAGGAUAAUAAAAAGCCAAAUUAGAUGGUCAUUCAUAUGCUGUAAUAUCAGUCUGUUUCUCUCCUGAUGGAAAUACAUUAGCUUCUGGUAGUAGAGAUAACUCUAUCUGUCUAUGGGAUGUCAAAAACAAGUAUUGUUCAGAUUAUAGAUUUAAAGAAAUUUAGGUUAAAAAUACAAGAUAUCCUUUUUUUAACACCCCUUUUGCAGUAAAAGAAUAUUAUUUAAAAUUUAGAUACAUCUAAUAUUAUGGUUUGCCCAGACUCCAAUUUUUCAAGGUUUAAGAGAGUUUUUUAUAAAAAACCGUUUCCUUUUGGAAGAAUUAUUGGAAUAACACUUGAUUAAUUUAAAAACUAACCUAUAUUAACCCUUAAUUUAAAUCUAUUUUAAUAUACUUCUUGUGUCCAAUAUUUGUUGA